GUGAGGCCUUCCCCUUUCUUCACCGGCAGGACUACCAACUGAAUCUACGGAAGGAGGAAACAAAAAGGGAUAAAGACGAGGAAGAAGAAGAGCGGCAGAUACACAGGGAGAAGGAGAAGAAGGAGGAAGAAAACAAUAUAUAAGUGAUGGACAGACGCAGCAGGAGAUGAAGGAUGGAGGAUGAGGAUGAGGUGGACUGGGAUCUACACCCUCCGCCUGUGCACUUAGAUUUAGUAACAAUAGAAGUUUGCUAAACGUACAUCUGGCACCAUGGCGUCGGCCGAGACGGUGAAGGUUAUUGUACGGUGCCGGCCAAUGAACAAGCGGGAGAACGAUUUAAAAUGCAAGUGCGUGGUGGCGAUGGAGAGACUCACCUGCAGUCUACUCAACCCCGACGACAGAGAGUUCGAGCCCAAGAGCUUCACUUUCGACGGGGCCUACUUCCUCGACUCCACCACCGAGGGCAUAUACAACGACGUGGCCUUCCCCCUGGUGGAGAGCGUCCUUGAAGGGUACAACGGCACAGUGUUCGCCUACGGACAGACGGGCUGCGGCAAGUCCUUCACGAUGCAAGGCGUGCAGGACCCCCCCACCCAGCGCGGCAUCAUCCCCAGGGCGUUCGAGCACAUCUUCGAGGUGAUCCAGACGACGGAAAACAUGAAGUUCCUGGUGCUGGCGUCCUACCUUGAGAUCUACAACGAGGAGAUCCGGGACCUGCUGGGCACCGACACCAAGAAGAAACUCGAGCUGAAGGAACACCCGGACAAAGGGGUCUAUGUGCAGGGCCUGUCGCAGCACCCGGUCCACAACACGAGCGAAUGCGAAGAGCUCAUGGACAGAGGCUGGAAAAAUCGGUCCACGGGCGCCACUCUCAUGAACGCUGACUCCUCGCGCUCCCAUUCCAUCUUCACCAUAACUCUCGAGAUGAUGGCCACCACGGGGGAGUCUGACGCUAUUCGAAGUGGCAAAUUGAACCUCGUGGACUUGGCGGGGUCAGAGAGGCAGGCUAAGACAGGAGCGACCGGGGACAGGCUGAAGGAGGCCACGAAGAUCAACCUGUCCCUGAGCGCCCUGGGGAACGUGAUCUCCGCGCUGGUGGACGGCAAGAGCAAACACAUCCCCUACAGAGACUCCAAGCUGACCAGGCUGCUGCAGGACUCCUUGGGCGGAAACACGAAGACGCUGAUGGUCGCCUGUCUGAGCCCCGCCGACAACAACUACGACGAGACGCUGAGCACCCUGAGGUAUGCCAACCGUGCCAAAAACAUCAAGAACAAGCCCAAGAUUAACGAGGACCCGAAGGACGCCAUGCUGAGGGAGUACCAGGAGGAGAUCAGGAAACUCAAGGAAAUGCUGGAAAAACAAGGCCCCCAGGAAACCAUUGUGUCAGUGGCGCCGGACGAGAGUGUUCUUCAGGAGGAGCGGGAGAAGGUGCGGCGCGAGUAUGAGGAGAGGAUGCAGAGGAUGAAGGAGGAGAUGCAGGCGGAGCAGCAGAACAACGCCCUGCUGCAGGCCAACAUGGAGAACCUGAAGAAGCAGUACGAGGGGAAGGUGCAGGAGAUACAGCAGAGGGAGGUACAUCAGCAGCAGCAGCAGCAACAACAGGUCUUCGUCCAACAACAACAACAGCAACAACAGCAACAACAACAGCAGCAACAGCAACAGCAAAAGAACAUCGAGGACGAGUAUGUCUACGAGGACGACUUCGAGGAGGAGAGUCAGCCGGCGGGGGAGUCCGAGGUGGCUCAAGGACCGGCGGGCGGGGCCUUCAGGACGAUACCCAAGUCUGCGAUGUCCACGGUGCCCUCUGCCCCCCCGGCGGAGAUGAUGAACACGAUGCAGAAGGAAGCGCUCAAGAGACUGAAGGAGCUGCAGCAACAGAUGGUGGGCGGGGAAAAGUCACAAGACACGGAGCUCAAGGCGAAGAGGAACAAGCGUAAGAAGAACAUGGAGAAGCGAAAGAAGAUCCUGAGCGAGGCGCUGAAGAACGUGGACGACGAGGAUGGCGUUAUGCUGAAGGUGUACGACGACAUUCACGAAGAGUUGAAGGUCAAAACGGAGCUGGCCAAGAGGCAGAAAAUAAAGAUCAAGUCGAUGGACCAGGAGAUCCAGGACCUCACCUCAGAGUUCCAGGAGGAGCGAACAGACUACCUUGAGACCAUUAGGCGGCAGGAGCAACAGGUGAAGCUGCUCACGGGAAUACUAGAGAAGAUCCAGCCCACCAUCAGGAGGGAUUGUAACUACAGCAACAUCGACGCCAUUAAGAAGGAGGCGCUGUGGGACGACGAGUACCAGCGGUGGAAAUUGCCGGACCUGCAGCUCGUCAAGACCAAGCUUCCGCCCGCAGGCCCCACCUCCAUCCCCAUCACCAGCACCUCCAAUCAGCCUGACUCCCUCGUCAACAAGUACAACGAAACACAAAACCUGGGCCUCAGCCUCAACAACGGUAGCCUCAACAACAGCAACAACAACAUCGACCUCAACGGCAGUCUCAACUCGAGUCAGACGGCUGAUAACCGUAUCCAGCCCGGCGCUCGAUUCCCUUCCCAAACGGCGCCGGCGAGACUCGGAAUGUGGGACGAUGAGGACGAUGACAACAUUCUAAAGCAGAAACUCCAGAGAAGUGAGGAGGAGGACAUUGCCGGCAAGUACUUUAAGCCCAAGAAGCGCGCCAAUGAACUCCUCGUCAGGUUUCAAGACGACUCGGCUGUGGGUAACAACGGGAUCACCACUACCAGUAAGCGGGGUGGGGGAGGGAACAACAACCUGAUGGCCACCAUGGGUCCCUCCGGAUGGGCCAACACCGUCAACCUCAGCACCUCCUACAACCACACCAACGGCUCCUACAACACCUCGUGGGGCUCCAACAACUCCUCCACCUCGAACCCUGGAGGUGGAGGUGGAGGAGGAGGUGGUGGUGGUGGUGGUGGUGGUGACGGUGGCGGUGGUGUGAUGAAUAAUGGAUGGCUAGGCAAUGGAUUCUCUUCGAUCUCCCCCGAAAUGUCAAUGAGGCGGCCCACGCGACUCCAGGCGCUGCCCACGAUCGACCGAAAGUCCAGGAAGAAGAGUAAAGACGUUCUCCACACACUCGACCUCAUAUAGCAGGGUUAAGGGGAGCAAAAAAGCCAUCUGUGAUAACCAAAAUGAAGCUCACACACACGCACAUACACACACACACACACACACACACACACACACACACACACACUACCCUCCCCCCUCCCCACACACACAAAACGGUAACAACAACAGACCAAAGUAUAAGAAAAACAGAAACCGAAGCAACACAAAUAUUUCAGCAACACAACUUUAAACACCAAAGUAAAAAAAACAAAACAAAAACACUCUUAACGAAAAACAGAAAUAAGGAGAGCAAAAAUACACUGGGAAAAACACGCACGCACACACACGCACUUGACCCCCUUCACCCCCCCUUCCCCCAACCAUACACACACACACACACACACACACACACACACAGACACAGACACACGCACACACACACGCAGACAUUUUCAUCAUAGACUCAGCUCUCGACGGAAAAGGAAUUGAAAGGUAAGAGAAAACCCAAAACCAGGAUAAAUUGCAAAGGAGAGAAGUGUGGAAAAAUAUUGAAAGAUGAAGAGAUGCAAAGACUUAUUCAAGAAGGAUGGGAAGAAAAGAGUGGGAUGAGAAAGGGAUAUUGAAGGGGAGGAGGAAGAGAGAAGACAGGAAGAGGAAGAGGGCUCAAGCAAAAUGAAGGAGUGAGGACAAGGUCAGAAUACGGAAACAGAGGGAAUCGGAGAAUGAGAGGGAAGAGGAGGGGAGAGGAGAGGAAGGAAUAUAUGGAAGAGAGAGAGGGAGAGAGAGGGAAGGCAAGGAAGAUAUCUCGCACAAAUGGGAAAAAAAUGAUAUAGGAGAAGAAAAAAGAGGGAAGCAGAAUAUACGAGGGAGAAAAACGAGAGAGAGAUAAGACGGAAUUGUAGAAAAUGAUGGAUGAAAGAAGGGAUGAAGAGGAAAGAAUAAAAAGAAAAUGGACAGGAACAAAAUUAAAAAGACUGAGAUGAAAAAAGGAGGAAAAAAAGGUGAUAGAAAUAAGAAAAAGAAGUGUAGAAGAGGGAAAAUAUGUGCAAUGAAAAUGAGAAAAGGGAAAAGAAGUGAACGAAAAAAAAACUAAAUGAGAGAAAAGGUGGAAGAAGAGAACUAAAAAAAACAGAAGAAACCGUAAAAAAAAGCAAGUGAAAAGAAGAGAGAGAAAAAGAUUAAGAGAAAAAAAGAUCGAAGCAGAGAGUUUGAAGAGAAAAUUAAAGGGAAGAGAACGAGAGAGAAAAUGAGGAAGGGAGAGAACAGGAAUGCAGAAUAAGAGGAGAAAAUGAAGGGGAGAGAAGGGCAGUCGUGAUGUGAUGUCAUGUCCAGUGUUUAAGUUCACCCUCUUGAAGGACUAUUGUGAGAGUUGCCCCUUAAAGUCACGAAAGAAAAUGGGAAACAACUUGCCUAAUGAUAGAUGAUUAAGGGGUGAAAUUUGGGUUUUCUGACACUCUCUCUCUCUCUCUCUCUCUCUCUCUCUCUCUCUCUCUCUCUCUCUCUCUCUCUCUCUCUCUCUCUCUCUCAACUAACAAACCAAACAGUGCCUCAAACAGUGUAAUUCUUGUAGAUGUUAUGAGUUUUACAUUUCUUUAUACUCUUCAACACAAACAUUCACAACAGAUAAAAAAAAAAAAAAAAAAAUAAACACACACACACACAUAUUCUUUUAUCUGGUUUAAUUUCGUUUUUAGCCAACGGUACUCAGUCUAACGUAGAAACGAUGUGGGUGUGUGUUCGCUAGCUCGCCCUCGUCAUGUCAGUUAGCAUCUACUCAUGUCAGAAGAACACUAUGGGUCGUAUUUUAAGACACUUUCGCUUCUCACGUCAGCUAUUUCUAAAAGUCAAAGAGGGGGUCAAUCGGGUUCUAACGGGUGGUGUUGUUUUUAGGCUCAUGGUACAGACGAACGGUUAAACUACCACCGGGAUCAUAAAACUACUCCUGGAAAUGCCCACAACUCCUAAGAAAGCCUUGUCAAAUAUGUGUUCUUGGGCGGCGAAAUGUCUUAAAAUACGACUCUAUUGAGAUCAGGUACGGAAAUAAACUAACUUCAAAAUUCAUCUUGAUAAACAUUCAUUUUUAUAAUAUAUUUAACUAUGCCCUCUUUUUUUUUUUUACAAGGGCAGUGAUUAGCGGACUUAUUUUCUCAUUAUUAAUUAUUUUGCCCUUGAACUGUUCAUUUACUGUAAAAAAAUAUCGAAACCUGAAUCCUAAAGACUAUAAUAUUUCUGUUUUAUUCUUUUUGUUUUAAUCACUUUAGCACCGUUCAUAAUUAUCAUCUGACUAAUCCUCCUCAUCUGCCUUAAUCCUUAACUUCAUCUCCUGACAGUCCGUUCUCUUGCUGUUCUUCCUUAACCGGUCUCAAUCCCCUCAGCUCUCUCUGGUCUAUCUCUCUUCUUAUUUUCAUUAUUACCUACACAUCUUCUAUUCAUCUCUUGUUCAUGGUGUGUUUGUAUCAUGUCAUUCUCUUAACGCAAUCCAACCAACUUAAAACUUUGAUCUUCCUUUCUUUCUAAUCCUUCGUACUACUACAUCCAUUAAUUUUCUCCAUAUUUACUCCACUCUCCGUUUCUUCACAUGGGCUUAUCCGUAAAAUUUCAGUCACCUUUUUCUUCCUUUUUUCAUACUUUUUGCACUUUCAUUCUGCCUCUAACUCCUUCCUUUCUGUAUCCUUCACUCUCUUACACCGCAAAUCUACUUAAACAUUCUCUCCGUUUCUUCACAUGGGCGUAUCAGUAAAAUUUCAGUCACCUUUUUCUUCAUUCUUUCAUACUUUUUGCACUUUCAUUCUGCCUCUAACUCCUUCCUUUCUGUACCCUUCACUCUCUUAAACCGCAAAUCUACUUUAACAUUCUCUCCGAUUCUUCACAUGACGUAUCCGGACCAUUUAGUUCACAAUAUUUUCCAUUCUUUAACACAUUUUCACUCCUGCUGUCACUAAUCCAUUCUUUUUAUUAUUCUUCACUCUCUUUCACCGUACAUCUACUUUAACCUUCUCUCCGUUUCUUCGCAAGGCGUAUCCGUACCUUUUAGUUUAUCUUUUUCCUUCAUUGAUACAUUUUCCACUUAAAUUCAGUAUCAAAUCCAUUAUUUUUGUAUCUAACUUUCUCUUCUUGCAUCGUACAUCCAUAUUUUCACUUUAACCACGACUAGAGAAGCUUAUUAUCAGCGUACUAAUUGAAAUGAUGCGUACAAACUAGCGAACACACACUAAUACGGAAAUUAACUAGACUCGUAGAUCAUAGAAAACUUACUUGCUGCAGAUAUUUGAACGCAGACUGAGAUGAAGAGGUCUGUGUGUACGUGUGUGUGUACGAACGACUCCAUCACCUUCAAGUGCUGUGAUAAUACGUACACGACUAUAUUUCCGCCUCGCAGAAUUCACGUCCGUAUAUUUUCCUGCUCGGGUGACGCACACGCACACAUGACUGUCCGUGUGCGUCAGGAACAAUGUUUACAUAGAGCGGAGUCCAGCUGAGGAAUUACGUGGAAUUAUUAUUGUUAUUAUUAUUAUUGUUUUUACUACUACUACUACUACUACUACUACUACUACUACCAUCACCACCACCAUAACUACUACUACUACUACUACUACUACUUCUAAUUACUAUCUUAUUACUAUUAGUCGUGUAGUAUUCUUUCUAUUAUUCGUUAUUACUAUCAUUAUUAUCAUUAUUAUACCCAUUACUACUUUCGUUAACAUUACCAUUGCUCAAAACGAAGAUGGCUUACUUAGACAUAUCAUCUUCAAGUACUUAUAAGAGGAAACGUAACACUGCAGCCCCGCGGGAGACAACUAAGACGGAGAAUAGAAGUAAUGCAAAACCCAACACCCCUAAGACGAACGUGAGCGUGAAGAACACACUCAGAGGAUCGCAAAGCUGAGUUCCCCCGGCAAGUGAUAAGCUCGAUCGCGUUUCCCAGGACGAACAAAAACACGGACCAAGCAAACAUUCGCCUCCCGGGAAAGACGAGCUGUACUUAUUUUUCUCGUAUGAUGAACAGCACUGCUUCUUCUCCCGCCCGCUAGAGGGCAGGGGAGGGCAGCGAGUUCAUUGUUUGUACAUAAUAGUAUAUUGAAUGUGCGUGGCGCUAGGCGUUGUCUAUAUCUUUAUAAAUACAAAAAAUAAAUAUAUGUAUAUGUUUAAAAGAUAUAUAUAAAAAUGUUACUGUA